CGACGAGAGGCAUAUCGUGUGCUAGUCGAGGCAUGUGCUCGCCAGUUUACCUCAGGAUCUCGAACCGGUCGCGACGCUACGUUCGGAAGAUUCCAAAUAUUCGAGUUAUACGAGUCGUACGAGGUCAAAGCUUGAGAAGCUAAUCCUUAGCCAAUAGAUUCGAAAAUUUCUAUUAUUUUUCUUAUUCCUCCCUCUUAUCCUUUUCACUUUUCUUAUUAAAUUUUUCUCGAAAAAAGUGAAGAUUCCUUUGGAGGAUUUGAUUUUCAAAAAAUGGGAACGCAAAUGCGAAGCGUCGUCACCGGUGAACUUGCCACGUCCACCAAAGAUAUAUCUUGGUCGACCACGGAAACACCUCUCACACCGGAAGAGGAGGAUGCGAUCGUAACUUUGGUUGUCGUAGUAAUUGGUGUAAUCGUCACUAUUGUUAUUUUAUUUUCAAUGGGAAUUUUUAUCGAUUGUAAACAUCAGAAAAAGGAAACAUUCAAGAAGAGAAAACCGAGACUAAAAAUGCCACAGAUUGCGCGUGUUCGAAGAACACAACCUGAUGACGUUAAGUCCUUUGCCUCUGAUAUGUGUCCGAACGAUAUAACCGAUUCAGCGUUUUCAACGAGAGAUGCCAUAGUUUGAUUUUUUGCGAUUAAACGAUUCUCUUUUCGUGUUGACUAAUAUAAGUGCACGAGUUUCGUUCGAAACAGUCGAACGUACUGAAACAAUUAAUGAGUUUCUUCUACGAACUUACGAGAAAAUUUCACAAACAACGUUUAUAGGAUAUUGUAUAUCUACUACUACUACUACUACUACUACUACUACUACUACUACGAAGUCGAACGACAUAGUGUUUUAUCGCUGUGAUUUAUGCAAUCUUCUCUUACGUAACUCUUCUUUAUCGUGCUUUUUUUCCAUUGAAAAGCAAGAAAAAGUAGGUACCGAUUUGUUAAAACUAACGAACUAUCGAUCAUUGAUCGAUGGAUGUCUUUCGUCAGUUGUUCUAUACGGUUCUAUACGCUGGGUUACGUCUCGAUUAUCGAUUUUCAGAUAUAAAUCGAAUAGAGAAUACACAUUCAACAAGUUUAGAACUAUCGUAACCAACGACCGGCUUACCGAAAAGGUUAAACAAAUAGAGAAAGUAUAUUGUUGAAAAUAUUUGAUACAUGUCUCUCAACAAGCUAUCAUUAAUAUUUCUCUAGAAAUGUUCUAACUUUUAUAUAUAUAUUUAUAUUUAUAUUUAUAUUUAUAUAUAUAAAAGAAAACAAAUUAUUACCAAUGAAAAUCUUUUCUCUUACGAUCUUUGAUAAAUGACCAUGACUUCGUAAGAAGGGGUCUUGGCCUUGCGUUCGUUUGCUCCAUUUCUCAUCGGAGAUACCGAAGUGAAGCAAGAGAAAAAAUUUGGUCGUGACCUUGUUUAAUCUGAAUCGGAAAAGACAUAUGAGUGUAUGAGAUAUAGAGAGAAAGAGAGAGAAAGAGAGAGAGAGAGAGAGAGAGAGAGAGAGAGAGAGAGAGAGAGAGUGAGAGAUAGAGAGAUAUGAAAUGCUGCGCGUGUUGUUUGACUACUUAAA